AUGGGUCGUCCUCUGGCUUACACCUUUCUCAGAUCUCGUCUUCUUCAGAGAUGGGCACUUAAGGGUCCGAUGAGCUUAAUUGAUCUAGAGAAUAACUAUUUCAUUGUGAAGUUCCUUUAUGAGGAAGAUAUGAGAUACGUGCUCACUGGUGGUCCUUGGCAAAUUACUGGCCAAUACAUUGUGACACAUAAAUGGAAGCCUGGGUUUAAUGCGAAGGAGGAGAAGAUCACCCAUAUGACUGCUUGGGUUCGAAUUAAUGGGCUAAACGUUGAAUAUUUUCAUGUUGAUGUUAUGGAAAAAAUUGGAAAUCUUGUUGGUGCUACGGUCAAGGUGGAUGCUCAUACUCUCAGUCAAGCUUGUGGUAAGUUUGCUCGAAUUUGUGUAGAACUUGAUUUGGCUAAGCCUCUUACCCCAUUCAUUGAGAUUGAAGGUUGUACUUAUAGGGUUGUGUAUGAGGGAAUUAAUUUGGUUUGCUUUGAAUGUGGGUGUUAUGGGCAUGCUAGAGAUACUUGCCCUAUUAUUUUGCAAGUCAAACAGCAGGUUGAUGUGAAUUUAGAUACUGCUAUAAUGGAGGCUGAGGUUCUAGCAAAGAUGCACGAGGAAUGGAUGUUGUUGAAGCCCAGGAAUUUUAGGAAUAAGAGCAUGAAUGAUAUAGGGAAGGGUGCUGAGCUUAGCAAGAGGAAUACAAAUGAUGCUGGUACUAAAGCUGUUAGUCAUGUCUUUGGUUCUCGUUUCAAUGUGUUGACUGAGGAGGGUUCUUCUGCUAAUACUUAUUCUGCUAAAACAAAAAGUGAUGGGGUGAAAUCUUCUUCCUCUCGUGACUUUGGCACUUGGGUGUUUAAAAAACCUCUUAAGGACAUUACCAAUUCCAUGGUAGCUACAUCUGGUGGUGGUGGUGUUAAAAGUGGUUAUGUUUUAAGAAGGCCUUGGAAGAACAAAGUUGGGGCUAAACCUUUCUCUUGUCAUGAUAUUGAACUUGUGGGGCUGAAAGUCAAAGGCUCUGAUGUUCAAGAUGAUGUUCGGGGGAAGUUUUCUUUUAAUUUGGGUGGCUAUCUUUUUCCAAAGUUGCCUUUGGGUAAGGGAGGCUUAUUGUUUGGUCAUGAACCUCCUGAUAUCAGUGAGAUGGGAAUUAAUGUGGUUGAGCUUUCUUAUGUGAGUGAUAUGGAUCAUCAGGGUAAUUUCCCUGAACAUUGUGAGUCUGAUACUGGUCUGGAAGCUGAUAGCUCUUUUGAGCAUGAUGGUUUUGAAGCUGUUGAGGUUGAGCAUGUGCAGAUUUAG